AUGUCUGCCUCCUGCCCCAUCAAGUUCAUCUGUGUGGGGAUCAGCCCGUACGAGAACGGCAUCCUCCCUGACUUUGCCUCCGCCCUAGCCUACUCGAUGGGCUUGUUCUCUGGGUUGACCCUGUUGGUGCAGGUUAUGUUGCAGUUGCUGACAAUAUGUGCGAUGUGGUUGGACCGCAAGUUCUUCUCCACCAGGCUGCACGUGGACGAGAAGGCGAAGCUGACGUCGUACGCCUACAACGAGAAGUUUGUGCAGACACUGAGGUGCUUGUUGAUGUGCUUGGGGGCGGGGGCAAUGUUUGUCAACGCCGUGCCUUUGUUAGAGAUCGUGAUGAUCUACGGCAACAACGGGCACAAGUUCAGGAUCCUGUCGAUGAGCGAGGUGGCGGACAAGUGCCUGAGCGACUCCACCAGGUCGUGCCCCCCCCCCAUGACUGCGCACAUCGAGGUCAUUAGGGGCAGGAGCCCGGCGAUAGUCUUGAGGCUGAACGUGUCUAAGACGAAGGGCUUGUGCCUGGUGUCGGACGACUUCAUGGAGAUGUCCAAGCUCUUGGGGAGGAACCUGGAAUGGGACCCUGUUGUCACCUACGGCUACCGUGUGUUGCUCUCGUCCCUCGUUAAGAAGCUGAGGAAGAUGUUGCCCUACAUGAGCAACGUGGAGGACAUUGUGGAGAACUUCUUGAGGACCAUCGACUUCAAGGACAAGUUGUCGAUUAUUGAGAUGGGCGAGCAGCUGGCGGAGGCCCUGAACACUGGCGACGCCGAGAUCGUGAGCUUCUGCUCCUUGUUUGACAACUAG